CUUUUUUCUCCAAAAAUCAAAAUGAGAAGCUUUGGAAAUUUGGGGCAAUGGCCUCUACUUGCAUUUGCUUUGGCAUUUUGCUUUGUAGCUAGCACUGUUGUUGCUGACUACUCUUAUGACUAUACUUCUCAUUCACCCUCUCCAUACUACAAGAAACCGGAAAAACAUGUUGAACAUUCUCCAUCGCAUUAUUAUUACAAGUCGCAUGCUACUUCAAAACACUACUACAAGGUACCUGUUGUUGCGAAGUAUUACAAGUCACAUGCUCCUUCAAAGCACUACUACAAGGCACCUAUUGUUACGAAGUAUUACAAGUCACGUGUUCCUUCAAAACACUACUACAAGAGUACACCUGUUGUAGCGAAGUAUUACAAGUCACCUGCUCCUUCGAAACAUUACUACAAGGCACCGGUGGUAGUGAAGUACUACAAGUCACCUGCCCCUUCAAAGAAGUACUACAAGGCACCAGUGGUAGUGAAGUAUUACAAGUCACCUGCUCCUUCGAAACACUACUACAAGGCACCGGUGGUAGUGAAGUAUUACAAGUCACCUGCCCCUUUAAAGAAGUACUAUAAGGUGCCAACUCCCUCAAAGUACUACUACAAGUCACCAUCACCUGCAAAGUACUACAAGUCGCCUACUCCAUCAAAAUAUUACAAAUCACCUACUCCUUCUAAAUAUUAUAAAUCACCAUCACCAACAAAAUAUUACAAGUCGCCAGUUUACUACAAGUCUCCUCCACCACCACCACCAACUUAUUAUGAGAAAUCACCUUCUUACUACAACUCCCCUCCCCCUCCACCAUACUACAAAGAAUCUACCCCUUCCUAUAAAUCCCCUCCUUCUCCACCAUACUACGAAGAAUCUACACCUUCCUAUAAAUCUCCUCCUCCACCAUACUACGAAGAAUCUAUCCCUUCCUAUAAAUCCCCUCCCCCUCCACCAUACGUAGAAGAAUCUACGCCUUCCUAUAAAUCCCCUCCACCUCCACCAAAGUACUAUGAACAAUCACCUACAGCCUAUAACUCACCACCUCCACCUCCACCAACCUAUUCCUCACCACCACCACCUCAGGAGUACAAGCAAUCCGUCAUCUAUGCUUCACCUCCACCCCUUCCAGCAUCUCCCCCACCAACAUACUACUAAACGUUCAAUAACUCUAUCACUUCCAUGACUUUUACAUCCUAUUUUAAUUACAUUUUUUCUUCCAAAAUUUAAU